AAGCACUCAACAGCUAUACAAUCUCAACCAAUAUGACGGUAAAGAGACCACUAGAAGAUGAUUCAGAUAUCGAAAAUAUGGCUAUGGCCAACUGCUUAAUGCUCCUCACUCGUGUCGGAAACUCCGAUUUGACAUCAGAACCGGACCGGCUGUUUCGCUGCAAGACAUGUAACAAGCCUUUCCAGUCGUUUCAAGCUCUGGGGGGCCACUGCGCUAGUCACAAAAGGCUGAAAGUGAGCGACGGUCGAUCGCCUAUGAAGCCCAAGACGCAUGAGUGCUCCGUUUGUGGGCAGGAGUUUGCGCUUGGACAAGCUUUGGGUGGUCAUAUGCGGCGGCACCGUGACGAGACCACCGGAAAAAGUGUUCACACAGCGGUGAAGAAGGAAAGUGGGACGAUGGGUUUGUGUUUGGAUUUGGGUUUGGCGCCUUAUGAUGUUGACUUGAAGUUGUGGCCGAUUGUUAGUUAGUGAGGUACUAGUUAGGGUUUUCUACAAUGUUUCUUUUUGGUUCCUUUGUAUAUAGAAAUUUAUUUUUUUUUUAAUUUUGAGGAUCAGAUUUUGUAUCAAA